GGCGAAAUUUGGCAAUUUCCUUAUGAAUACGUUUCCUCUGAUUAUCUAUCCCAUAGCACCGCAAGCUCCUGUUCACCAGUGAAUCAACCCCCAUAUAUUUCCCAGUGUGAAGGACGCCGUCAUCCAGUUACAUCUCUCCAGUCCCGAGUCGAAUUCCGUCGACCACAGCACAGCGAAGAUGUCGGCCAUGUGGUUAUCAGAUUCCCAGAAAAUCGGGGUGGCCUUUUGCUCUGGCGGAGGUCUCUUCCUCAUAGGCGGAGUGAUGUUGUUUUUUGACCGCGCCAUGCUCGCAAUGGGAAAUAUACUCUUCCUCAUCGGACUAACUAUCAUCAUCGGACCGCAAAAGACCCUCCUAUUUUUCGCGAGAAAACAAAAAGCCAAAGGCACUGCCGCCUUUUUCGGUGGCCUACUGCUCAUCUUGCUGCGGUGGCCUCUCAUAGGCUUCUGCGUUGAGCUGUACGGCAUAGUGGUGCUCUUUGGGGAUUUCCUAGGAACCAUAGCAUCCUUCGCACGGGGCUUCCCUGUCAUAGGGCCGUACGUCGGUCUCCUCAUGGACCGCUUAGGACUGGGUCGACGGAACGCCGAGCUCCCAGUAUGAGAGCGUCCGGUUCGCGGUAGGGGUGCCCGCUCCACAAGAAAACAAUAAGGAACAUGCCAUAGGCCUGGCAGUGUAUAAUUUCGGCUGUGUAAUGGAGUUGCGGACAGCUGGCACAGACCGAGAUGUCUGUCUUAUUUGCUACCGGCGUUGGCAGGCGAGACACGGUGCAUUUCGUGGAGACGCCAAAAUGUGUUGCUGGACCGGCUGAAAGGACGUUGUAUGAUACCUUGGGCUGGAUUAUAACUGUACCGACUGAAGUCUAACGGAAUCGGCGAGGGCCAAGGUUAUGGGGGAUAGACAACUGUUAGAAAAAGUUUGAUGCUUGUCAACCCUCUUUUGUGAGGUGGAGCCAUCAGUCAUAUAUUUGUCUUG